AUGCAUUUCACAUCAUUCCUCGCCGCUUUGGCCCUCGGGUCCACUGCAUUCGCUCACAUGGAGAUGUCCGAUCCAAUGCCGUUCCGAAGCAAGCUCAACAAGAAGCUUGGAGAUAAGGUCGACUAUUCUAUGACCGCGCCACUCGGUGAAGGUAAAGGUCUUUGCAAAGGAUACCAGUCUGAUAUCUCAGAUCUCACUGGUGCCGGUGCACCUACGGGAAGCUACAAGGCUGGUGCUCAAGCCAGUCUCACCAUUAUGGGUGCAGCCGCUCAUAACGGAGGGAGUUGUCAAGCAUCUCUCUCCUACGACCAAGGAAAGACGUUCAAAGUUAUCCACUCAUGGGAAGGCAAUUGUCCUCUUGCUUCAGGAGGCAAAUUCGACUUCACCGUUCCUUCGGAUGCUAAGGCUGGCAGUGCCAUCCUAGCCUGGACUUGGUUCAAUAAGUCAGGAAACCGAGAGAUGUACAUGAAUUGCGCUUCCGUCACCAUUGAAGCAGGCUCCGGUGCUGCUCCUGCCGUCGCUUUCGACUCACGACCAGACAUCUUCGUCGCCAAUCUCGGCACGGACUGCAAAACCGUUGAAGGCAAGAACGUCAAGUUUCCUAACCCGGGCCCAGAUGUUACCGGCGCUGGAGACGAGGGUGGUUAUACCGGCAGUGCGUGCGGAGGAUCUGGCUCAGCACCAUCCGGCGGAAACACUCAAUCACCAACCACCCCUAAUGCACCAGCAGACAGCAAGACUCCACCACCAGUCAACAACGACACGCCCAGCCAGGCACCAGUCACUGGUGGAUGCGGCGGCGGGGCCAAGUGUCCUGAGAACACAUGCUGCAGCAAGUACGGUUUCUGCGGUACCACUCCUGAUCACUGUGGAGAAGGCUGCGAUGCAUCUGCCGGAAAGUGCGGCAGCUUGAAGCUCAUCCGUGGCGGAUCUUACUACUAA